AUGGCGAAUAAUUUGUCUUCUCGAAUGAUAAAAUCGAUGCAAUACAUCCUUCCGAAGUUGGCCGCCACGUCACAUGAGCUUGAUAACGAGAAUGUCACGCCGAUCAAUCUUUCUAUUGCGGAGAACUAUGUAAUUCGUGAGGAGCUGAUUGAGAUUUGUAAGGAUGUGGUGAAGGAAAAACUGGUACCCAGUGUUUUAUCACAACCUCUAGAAUUUGGAGGAGAUAGCGAGCUUCGAGAAGGACUCGCGGGAUUCUUCAACACAUAUUUCGAUCCCGUUUGUCAGGUGAAGAAGGAGCAUGUUAUCUUGACGGCUGGAGUCGGUGGUGGUCUUGAAGCUCUUGCUCAUGCUAUUUGUGAAGAUGGUGAUAGUGUUAUUAUACCCGGACCAUACUGGUUUGGUAUGGAGCCAUACCUCCGCACCCGGCCUAAUGUCUACACUAUCGUCGCCUCGCUCACCUCCUAUACCCUCGACUCUCACUCAAACGAUCUUCUCCCCUCUCUCAUUAGCUCAUACGAUACAGCUCCAGAUUCCUCCCGUAUCAAAGCUGUCAUUCUUUGUAACUCACAUAAUCCAUUUUCACGAUGUUACUCGAAGGAAUCGAUCGAAGCUUGUAUGAAGUUUUGUCAGGAAAGGAACUUGCAUUUGAUCUCGGAUGAACUAUAUGCACUGGCGGCGAUCAAAAGCGAUUCAAUCUCAACAAUGAAUGUAACGCCAUUCAUCUCAAUUCUUUCGUUGAAUUACAAAGGAUUAAUUGAUCCAGAUAAGGUUCAUGUCGUGUGGAGCGGAAGUAAACUGUUUGGAUUAAGUGGAAUUAGAACUGGUUGCCUAAUAUCUCAAGCCAACAUCCCACUCCGAACCGCUAUUUCUCUAUUAUCAUAUGCAAGCGUCUCAACACUCAGUUCCCUCUAUCUAAAAUCCAUUCUUUCAUAUCCAGAUCUUCCUCUAUUACUAAAAACGAACUCGGAACGACUCACUGCAUCAUACAAACUCCUUGCAGACAGCUUUAGCAAGUGGGGAAUAGAAUAUUUGCCUGCGACAGAAGGAAUUUUCAUUUUUGCGAAAUUAGCUCGACGUGCAACAACGCAGAAAGAGGCUGAUGAAGUGUUUUCUCGGCUAGCUAAGCAUGGGGUUUUGGUUAGUCCGGGAAAGUUCUACAAUGGAAUUCCCGGGGAAGUGGGGUGGGCGAGAGUGACUUUCUCAUUGCCGCUUGAGGUGAUCGAGGAGGCUGUGGCGAGGAUGGAAACGAUCUUAGGGAAUGUGCUUAAGUAG